AUGCAGGUCUCUAGCCUCAACGAGGUAAAGAUUUACAGCCUGAGCUGCGGCAAAUCCCUCCCUGAGUGGCUUUCCGACAGAAAGAAGAGAGCACUACAAAAGAAAGAUGUUGAUGUUCGGAGGAGAAUUGAACUUAUCCAAGAUUUUGAAAUGCCCACAGUUAGCACCACUAUUAAAGUGUCAAAAGAUGGACAAUAUAUUUUAGCAACUGGAACAUAUAAACCACGAGUUCGAUGCUACGACACCUAUCAAUUAUCCUUGAAAUUUGAAAGAUGCUUAGAUUCAGAUGUUGUGACAUUUGAUAUAUUAUCUGAUGAUUAUUCAAAGAUUGUCUUCCUACACAAUGACAGAUAUAUCGAAUUUCAUUCACAACAAGGUUUUUAUUAUAAAACCAGAAUACCUAAGUUUGGGAGGGAUUUUUCUUAUCACUAUCCAUCCUGUGAUUUGUACUUCGUUGGUGCAAGCUCUGAAGUGUACCGGUUAAAUUUAGAACAAGGACGGUAUCUGAAUCCUCUUCAGACAGAUUCAGCGGAGAACAAUGUUUGUGACAUAAAUUCCAUGCAUGGUUUGUUUGCCACAGGCACAAUAGAGGGUAGAGUUGAAUGCUGGGACCCUAGAACUCGAAAUCGGGUUGGCAUCUUAGACUGUGCUUUAAGCAGUGUCACAGCUGAUACAGUGAUAGACAGUUUGCCUACAAUCUCUGCCCUGAAAUUUAAUGGUGCUUUGAAUAUGGCAGUUGGAACAUCUACAGGCCAGGUUUUGUUGUAUGACCUUCGCUCUAGUAACCCAUUACUAGUUAAGGAUCACCAGUAUGGUCUAGCUAUUAAAUCAAUCCAGUUUCAAAAUUCAUUAGAUUUAAUAUUAUCUGCAGACUCUCGAAUUAUCAAAAUGUGGAACAAAGACACAGGGAAAAUAUUUACUUCUUUGGAGCCUGAACAUGAUAUUAAUGACGUCUGUCUUUAUCCAGAUUCAGGAAUGCUUCUGACAGCCAAUGAAACUCCUAAAAUGGGCAUCUAUUACAUUCCUGUUUUGGGUCCUGCUCCCAGAUGGUGCUCAUUCUUAGACAACUUGACUGAAGAAUUAGAAGAGAAUCCAGAAAGCACUGUUUAUGAUGAUUAUAAAUUUGUCACCAGAAAAGAUCUUGACAAUCUAGGCCUUACACAUCUCAUUGGAUCACCUUUACUCCGGGCAUAUAUGCAUGGUUUUUUCAUGGAUAUAAGACUCUAUCAUAAGGUGAAAUUGAUGGUAAAUCCAUUUGCAUAUGAAGAAUAUAGAAAAGACAGAAUUAGACAGAAGAUUGAAGAAACUCGUGCACAAAGAGUCAAAUUAAAGAAACUGCCAAAGGUUAAUAAAGAACUGGCCCUCAAGUUAAUUGAAGAAGAGGAAGAAAAGCAGCAAUCUGUUUGGAAAAAGAAACUUAAGAAAUUACCGAACAUUCUCACUGAUGAUCGAUUCAAAGUUAUGUUUGAAAAUCCUGAUUUCCAGGUGGAUGAAAAGAGCGAAGAAUUUAGGCUUCUGAAUCCACUUGUUUCAAAAAUAAGUGAAAAAAGAAAGAAGAAACUAAAACUCUUAGAGCAACAAGAAUUCCUUGAACAAGAAGAGGAGGAAGAACCGGAAGGAAAACCAAGUGAUGCAGAAAGUUCUGAGACUUCAGAUGAUGAAAAAGACUGGGUUGAAGAGGUCAGGAAACAGCGCAAACUUCUACGCCAAGAGGAAAAAAUGAGGUGGCAGGAAAGGUUCAAGGAGGAUCAGCAAACAGUGUUGAAGCCCCAGUUUUUUGAGAUCAAAGCAGGAGAGGAAUUCAGAAGCUUCAAGGAUUCUGCAAAAAAGCAGAAGCUAAUGAAAAAACCACUUGAAGAUCGUUUGCAGCUUGAAGCAAAACUUGGAACUCUGAAUGUAUCAGAUACUACUGUUGGCAGCAAACAAUUGACAUUCACAUUAAAGAGGUCUGAACAACAGAAAAAGCAACAAGAAGCUGAGAAGCAGCAUCGACAAGAAAGAAAAAGACUUCGCCGUUCAGCUGGACACCUUAAGACUAAGCACAGAAGAGGGCAUCCAUUUCAUUAAUUGUGAAAUUCUUGUCCCCUACCUGCUGAUUAUGAACUGUUCUUUAAUAUACACAAGAGGUGGGAAGGGAAAAAUGGAAUUAUGUUUUACUGUUACUACAAGAUAUUAAGGAGAAGAAAAUGACUUUAUAACCCUAUUUGAAUUAUUGAUAUUUUUGAAGAUGUAAAGAUAAAACUCCUUUUCCACCCAAAUCAGGGGUUUGUAUUUCCAUGAAUCUGUAUAUACUAACUUGUUAUUUUCCAUUUGGAGUAUAUUGUUUGUACAAGUUGUUAUUCCCAAAGAAAUGAUAAUUGGUUUACUAUAGUUUUAAUCAAGUAAACUGACUGGACUUUUUAAAAAGCCUUCUCAAACAUGGACCAUUAAAAACUGAAUUCAUCUGAA